UUACUUGACUGACGAAACUUUGCUGAAAAUGGCUCCGAAGACUAGUGGAAAGGCUGCCAAGAAGGCUGGAAAGGCCCAGAAGAACAUCUCGAAGACGGACAAGAAGAAGAAGCGCAAGCGUAAGGAGAGCUAUGCCAUCUACAUCUACAAAGUGCUGAAGCAGGUCCAUCCUGACACUGGCAUCAGCAGCAAAGCCAUGAGCAUCAUGAACAGCUUCGUGAAUGACAUCUUCGAGCGCAUUGCUGCAGAGGCUUCUCGUCUGGCCCAUUACAACAAGCGCUCCACCAUCACGAGUCGCGAGAUCCAAACUGCUGUGCGUCUCCUGCUGCCCGGAGAGUUGGCCAAGCACGCCGUGAGUGAAGGCACCAAAGCCGUCACCAAGUACACCAGCUCCAAGUAAAUCGACGCCUGUCCAUGGAUCAUUCUCCAAAACCCACAAAAUGGCCCUUUUGAGGGCCCACAAA